GUCCUGUCUUCUAUAAUUAACUCAAACUAGAAACGUCUUCUGCUGCGGGGAGAUCGUCCUUCCUCUCUCUCUCUGCGUGCGUUUAUGAAGCCGCACAUACUGGUUCAUCUACGCACAUCAAACAAGACUGCCGUGAACAGGUAAAAUCAGAGGCAGACACUGACUCGGGCACCUGCCAUGGAGGGGCUCUACUUCGAAGUGAAGCCCGGGCCAGGGAGCUCCGAGAAACCUCCUCUUCAUCAUAUCUCAAACCCGGGCUCCAGUCCGUCGCUUUCCCAUCUCUCCUUCUCUUCGGUGUGUUCUCAGAAAGUCACCUCUGCCGAGAAGAGGGUUACAACAUGGGGAGGACGGGUAGCGGACGAAGCGGAGUUAGAGGAGGAGGUACGGUACAAACUGACGUUGAUCGGCUCUCUGCCUGUGCACCCGCGGACCACCAUGGCCAUGCUGCCCUGGGUGGUGGCUGAGAUCAGUCGGUGUCACUCUGCAGAGAAGGAACCGGCUGCUGGGUCUGUAAGUCCAGGUGGAGGACAGUUGGACCCCUCCUCCUGUAGUCACACUGUUCUUCUGUGUGUGUCGGCCUCAUGGGUGCGGUGUAUGUCCGUUCUCGGGGAAAAGGUCGUGUGGGACCCCCUGACGCACACGGUGCUGUUUGAAUGUCGUCCUCACCAGGUGACCAAGCUCCUUCACAACAGCCAGGAGCCCCGCAGCUUCGGCUGCCUGGUCAGAGAAGCUCCAAACUGUGCCUGCUACGUCUUCCAGUGUCAGGACAGCACCAAGGUUCCCGAGAUCAUCAGUACGUUGAGGCAGGCUGGCAAGAGCUCUGCACGCAGCGAUGACACCACCAGCAUUUCCAACAAAACUUCCACUGGAGGCCGUGAUCCCUCUGAAACAAGCUUCUCUUCUCACUCUACAAAGACAACCUCUGUGGCACCACCUUGUGUCAUUUCUCCAACAACAUUCUCCAAGAAGUUUGAGGUGCUGUUCUGCGGCCGUGUGAGUGUUGCUCACAAGAAAGCCCCCCCUGCCCUUAUUGACGAAUGCAUCGAGAAGUUUAGCCAGUUGCAUGGCUCAGGGACGGCUGGUAAAGGAGAAGAUAGAGAGAGAUUGGUGGGUGGGCUGAGGAGGGCUCUAUCCCUGCAAUCCAAUGGACUUGGGAGUGGUUCAGUUGGGAAUAAUGCUGCUGGGAGCCCGACCACAGGGAAGCGUCCUGUCCUGUUUAAAAAAGACCCCAGCUUUCCCUGCCUGCAGGCCCUGGAUGAGAAUGGACUUUCACCCGAGAUCUCCAACAACAACACUACUGAUGCACACGCCCACUCUGCUGGAGUACAGCCCACCAGCCUGCAGGAGAACAGGACCAUGCUGUUUACGGUGGGGAGGUCUCAGAUCUUUUUGGUCAGUCCAGACACGAAGAAGGUCGCGAUAGAGAAGAGUUUCAGAGAAAUCUCCUUCUGCUCACAGGGUAUUCGUCACGUGGAUCACUUUGGCCUCAUUUGCAGGGAGACAGUGGAAGGAGGCAGCUGCCACUUUGUUUGCUAUGUGUUCCAGUGCACCGACGAAUCACUGGUGGAUGAGAUCAUGUUGACCUUGAAGCAGGCGUUCUCUGUGGCAGCGCUGCAGCAGAAUGCAAAGACCCAGAGCCAGCAGUGUGACAGCUGCCCCAUGCAGCAGCUCCACAGGCUGUGUGAGAGGAUAGAAGGGCUACAUCCAUCUAAAACUAAGCUGGAGCUUCAGCGGCACUUGGCCACUCUGGACAACCAGGAGCAGGCUGCAGUGUUUGAAAACACCAUGAGGGCCCGUCCUAAGAGCGAUCAGGAAGAGAACGAGUUGGUGAUGGCCUCUUUGAGGAAUCUGUACGAGGAGAGGCAGAGGAGCCAUAAGCACACACUGUCUGGAGACAGCAAACAGGCGUGUGAGGAGGCAGCUCCAGCCCCGGUGGAGGCUCAGCAGCAGAGUAGCAGUCGGCAGCGACUUGAACAGUUCAAGAGCCGAGCCAAGCGCUCUCUCACUGAGUCCCUGGAGGGGAUCUGGAAGGGAAGCAGCAAGGCCAGAGCUCAGAGGGACAACAGUUUAGGAAGUGACAGCGGCUCUUCUGUCAGUACGGUCACCAACAGCCCCGAGCAGUCCAGUCUAGAUGAGCCCUCGCCUACCUACUCCCACCUGCGACCCACCAGCCCACUCAGGUGUCACAACUCAACAGGAGACCUGAAGCACAUUGACUCCUCUCUCCGCCUGUCUCCCUCCACCUGCUCUUUACCCGAUGACGCUCAGCCCUCGGGCUUCCGCAGACGCGCCAGCACCUUCAGCCACCCUCCCACCCCCUCCUCAGCAGAGUACUCACCGCUGCACACACUAAAUCACUCUCCACAAGAGCCCACUGUAAAUACCAAGCCAAAGCUGGUACGACACUACUCCGUCAGCACCGAUACUCCCCACCAGAGCAAAAAUGUCCCAACCGACUCCACCCUUCUUCCUGUGCCUCCUUGCCCUGCAUCUCUCUCUCCUCCCCUCCCUCAUCAUCCUUCCUCACCUUCUUCUGGCGCCCGGCUCAAUAAAAGAAGUCCACUGGGUGGUCUGCGUGCUCGUCUCCACUCAUCCUCCUCUGUUCCUAAUUUUCUGAAAUUUCAAUUUCUGGCUCCUGUGCAGGAGAAUGAUUUCUUUGAGCCAAAGAGCAGUGAUGUUGCAGCUCUGUCCUCACCAAGUAGAGCAUGCGGGGUGGGAGAAAGCCCUCUGCGCAGCCACCGCCACUCAUGGAGGCAGCAGAUCUUCUUACGCGUGGCCACUCCUCAGAAGAGCACAGAAACCAUUGAGCGUGGGGAUCCCUGUCUAGAUGCGAGUCGUGGCCAGGUGGGAGUCGGAGGAGGAGGGGACUUGUCUAUAAGCGUGGUGCCUGAGGAGAGGACGAAGAAGAGCAAAGAGGAGCUCAGGGAGCUGUGGAGGAAGGCCAUCCUGCAGCAGAUCCUCCUGCAGAGGAUGGAGAGAGAGAACCAGAAACUACAGGCCUCAGAGAGCGACCUGCAGAACAAGCGCCUGAAGCUGGACUACGAGGAAAUCACUCCCUGUCUGAAGGAGGUCACUCUGGUCUGGGAGAAGAUGCUGGGAACCGCUGGGAGAGCAAGGGUUAAAUUUGACCCAGAGACUAUACAUGCUGCUGUUACACAAGGUGUCCCACGGCAGCAUCGCGGCGAGAUCUGGAAGUUUCUCUCUGAACAGUACCUGCUCCGGCAGACGGUCCCCUCCCGACCACCCGCCAAUCACACUCCGUACAAAGAGCUGCUGAAACAGCUCACGUCACAGCAACACGCCAUCCUCAUAGAUCUGGGUCGCACUUUUCCCACUCAUCCAUAUUUCCAAGCCCAGCUGGGUGCAGGGCAGCUGUCUCUGUAUAAUCUACUCAAGGCAUACUCCCUUCUGGACCCCGAGGUGGGCUACUGCCAGGGCCUGUCCUUCAUUGCAGGAGUGCUGCUGUUACACAUGGAGGAGGAGGACGCCUUCUACAUGCUCAAGUUUCUCAUGUUCGACGUCGGGCUCCGCAAACAGUACAGGCCUGACAUGAUAAUCCUGCAGAUUCAGAUGUACCAGCUGUCCCGGCUGCUCCAUGACUACCACAGGGAUCUUCACACCCACCUGGAGCAGCAGGAGAUCGGGCCCAGCCUGUAUGCCACCCCUUGGUUCCUCACUGCCUUCGCCUCACACUUCCCCCUCGGCUUUGUGGCCAGAGUCUUCGAUAUGUUGUUCCUUCAGGGGUCAGAGGUCAUCUUUAAGGUGGCCAUGAGCCUGCUUGGGAGCCACAAACCUCUGAUCCUGCAGCAUGAGAACCUGGAGUCCAUAGUGGACUUCAUCAAGACCACGCUGCCAAACCUGGGCCUGGUGCAGAUGGAGAAAACCAUCAACCAGGUGUGUGAGAUGGAUGUGUCCAAGCAGCUGCAGGCCUACGAGGUGGAGUAUCACGUCCUGCAGGAUGAGAUGCUGGACACGCCCCCCACCCUCAACCAACACCAGAGAGCUGCGCAGCUGGAGAGGACCAAUCAGAGCCUCCGACAGCAGAACCUUGACCUGCUCGAGGAGCUGCAGGUGUCUCACGCUUGUGUCUGCAGCCUGGAGAGCCGCUUGGAGUCUCUCGCACAGUCAGAGGGCCGCCUGAAGGAGCAGGUUUCUGCCCUGCAAGAGGAGAAGAAGCAGCUCGCAAGCACCGUCACACGCUUACAGGACCUGCUCACCAGCCUCGGCAUUCACAACAACGCCGAUGGACACACACUCCCCUCACCCUCUGAAAGACACACAACCACAGAGAAUGUGGAGGGGCUGGGAAACAGAACUGUGGACUCUCUCCCUCACCCUCUGGCUCUUCCAGAGGGCUCAUAACCGCACCUCAUACUUUUCCAAAUGGUUAGGUUGAGCGGAGGAGGAGCCGGGUGUGGAGGUGCUGAGGGGGAGAAGGUUGAGGGAGAUGUUGAGACGACUCUUUACCUCCACCUUUAUCCUGUUUCUAGCUUGUGAAUGUUUUAAUAAAAAAAGAGGAAACUCUGCGGAAGUUGGACCUAAUAGAGAGUAGAGAGGAAAUAGAACAAAAAUGGGGAUGAGGUGAAAGAGAAAGUAGAAAUGAAGGAUGGAAACUGUAAUAUUAUCCCAAAACGACACGAGAGCUACUAUCAGCUCUCUUAAAAAAAAAAAAAAAAAAAAAAAAGAAAGAAAUGAACCUUAUUAUCUGACCAACAAUCCCCAAAGAUAGCACUGUCCCAUCGGGUCUCCACUGUCCAAACUACAGUUACAUUUGCACCUGGGAUGUCCGUCUGUCUGUGAAUGUCUCCAAUGUGUGUGUUUUAGUUGCAACACGGCAAAAAAAAAGCCAAAGAUUUGUCCUCCUUGUUACCAAACAAGCUCGCACAAAUACCGUGUCAUUGAUCACCCACGCAUGUAACAAUGAAAGUAAUGGAAAGAUGAAGAAGGGACAAAGUUUCAUUUUGUUCCUCUGGUAGAAGUUGAAUAUGACGUAAAUGAUAUUAGAUCUUGGUGCUUAUAUUCAAAGAGCAGAGGGGAACUGUUUCUGAUUCUCUGCAGUAUUCCAAAGUUUGUAACCUUAUCCUAACCGGUCUCAACCUUAUCUAGCUACAGUAUGUUGAAUUCAGAAAAAAACACAACACCAUCACCACCUUCCAGUUCGGUCCAUGCUUGUAGAAAGUUGAAAUGAAUGUCAGUUCACCAAAAAAAAAGCUGUGCCCUUGUAGUGCACAUCUCCACAGAUCAGUUACUUAUAGAAUAAGAACAGAAAAAAGAUACUUAAUGUCUGGAACUUCACACAGGAAACCUCUGCUGUGGAGACAAUCUGUCAGCUACGAGUCAUUUACUGUAUUCAUCACACUGAGCGCCGUCAGGCCGAGCUGCUGCUUGGUGUGUUUGUAUGUUAACGUCUUUUUGUGUUGCUGUGUGCGUGUUCACAAAUCUGUUGAUUUACACUGUAAAGAAAUGUUGCUUUUACUCCAGACUCUCCUUGCACAUUUUGUUUUAAAUAUUGUAAUUCUGUACUUUAAAAAUACAUUUCAUAUCCUUUGAGCACAUCUGAA